AUGAUUUCGUGGUCAAUAGAAUUAUCAGAAUAUGAUAUCAUCUACGAACCACGACAAGCAAUCAAAGCCCAGGUAUUAGCAGACUUCCUCGUCGAAAUGACACACCUACAGGAGGUUGAGAUGAGUGAGGAGUGGGUUAUUUUUGUCGACGGAUCUUCCAAUGUUAAAGGAAGCGGUGCAGGAGUCAUCGUGGAAAGCCUUCAAGGCAUAACAGUAAAGCACUCUAUCCAUUUUGGAUUUAAAGCCUCAAAUAACCAAGCCGAGUACGAAGCAGUCCUCGCUGGACUUGCCAUGGUCAAAGACUUAGGGGCAACAAACAUAACCCUCAAAAGCGACUCACAAUUAGUAAUUGCUCAAGUCCAAGGAAAUUACCAGGAGAAAGAAGCAUUAAUGAUAAAAUAUCUUGAAAAAGUGAGACUACUACUGACAGAAUUUCAAAGCUUUAAAAUGGAGCACAUCCCCAGAGAGCAAAACUCACGAGCUGACAUUUUAUCCAAGUUAGCCAGCACAAAAGGACCGGGAAAUAAUAGAUCUGUGAUCCAACAAAGCGUCCCCAACCCUAGCAUCAUAAUGGCUGUAACUAAACAAAAAGCUCAACCAUCCCAAAAUGCGCAAUCCAUGGUUGAUGAUGACAACAUGCCAUUGGACGAUAAAGAGACUUGGAUGACACCAAUUUGGAACUAUUUAGUCAAAGGAGAGGCACCACAAGAAACACGCGCAGCAAAAAAGCUAUCGCGCAAGGCUUCGUUCUACACUAUCAUCAACAACCAACUCUACAAAAAAAGGACAUCACAUGGGAGGGAAAUCCUUAUCUUGAAAACUGCUUCAUACAGGCUAUUGUUGGCCAAAAAACACGUGCGACAAUGUGUCAAAUGUCAGGAGCACGCAGACUUACACCAUGCUCCCCCAGAGGAAUUGUCUUCAAUGCUAUCCCCAUGGCCAUUCUACCAAUGGGGCAUGGACAUAUUGGGACCAUUCCCAAUCGCCAUGGGAGGGGUCAAAUGGUUGCUAGUAGCAAUCGACUACUUCACCAAAUGGAUCGAGGCAGAGGCUUUAGCCACGAUAUCAGCCAAAGCUGCAAAUCGAGUCCUCAAACGCGGAUUGGAAAGAAGAUUAGAAGCAGCUAAAAUAGACUGGCCCGAACAGUUAGACUUUGUGUUAUGGGGAUACAGGACAACCAAACAUUCAACUAGUGGAGAAACCCCGUUUCGCAUGGUUUACGGUAGUGAAGCCAUGAUCCCAGUGGAAAUUGGAGAACCAUCAUGGAGAAGGAUGUACACAAAUGAAGACAGCAACUCACAAGCAUUGCUUCAUAAUUUAGACGCAAUCGAGGAAGCGCGCGAAGUUGCGCAUGUCAAAGAAAUAGCGCUCAAACAGAGAAUAGCAGCGCGCUAUAACUCAAAGGUUGUCAGACGAAGCUUCAACGUCGGCGACUUAGUUCUACGCAGAGCCGACAUCGGUAAUAAGAACACGUGGCAAGGCAAAUUGGCCGCAAACUGGGAAGGUCCCUAUCGCAUCUAUAGCAAAACAGAUAAGGGGGAGUAUGUCAUAGAGACACUAUCCGGUCUUACUAUCCCGCGCACGUGGAACGCGGACAAGCUUAAGACAUUUUAUAGCUAA